AUGUCACUUGUGCAAGUGAAUCUUGUGCUUUCCUUGAUGGAUUCGCCAGUAGACAGAGACUUUAAACAUGGUGGUGGUGAUAAUGGUAUGAUGGUGAUGUUGAUGGAGAUGGUCAUAGUUGGUGAUGGUGGUGGUGGUGUUAGUGGUAGUAGUACCAUUGAUGGUGGUGAUGAUGUUAGUGGUGGGAGUACCGUUGAUGGUGGUGGUGAUAGUGGUGGUGGUGGUGGUGAUGUUAGCGGUAGCAAUAGCAUUGAUUGUGAUGGUGAUAGUGAUGAUAGUGGUAGUGGUAAUGAUAACGAUAGCAUUGAUGAUGAUGAUGAUGGUGAUGGUGGAGGCGGUGGUGGUAGCGAUAGCCAUGGUGGUAGUAGUAUAUGA